UUUAAGCUCUAAUAUACAAAACCACCCCCUCACAGGUCAUAAGCUCCCAUCAUCCCAUGUCAUUGUCGGCAAUUGCAAUGAUCAAUUUAAGAACUCCUGGGAUCUCACGGGCAACAAACUCAGAUGCAAACAUACGUCUCUCUUCGUCAAAAAGACUCGAUGGAUCAUCGCAAACCAUACACGGAUUCAUCAAUUCACAGCGACCACAUCAUGUACAGAAAUAUCUAUUUCCGUUGGCAGUUAAGUUGAUAAAGAGCUCUGAACCCGCGUUUUCUCCCAACUGUUCCAUCUUUCAGACAUGCAACAUGCCCACCCCAAAGUUUAGAGUUCAAAUAGUUCGAGCAUCAGCUAUCCAGAUCGAAGAAAAGUCACAGGCACCGGAAGUUGGGGUUUCGGUGUUUAUAUUGAAGGAUAAUAAGAUACUCUUUGGGCGUCGCCGCUCUGUCUCUGUUGGUGACAACACAUAUUUGCUACCAGGCGGCCACCUUGAGUUCGGUGAAAGCUAUGAGGAAUGUGCGGCAAGAGAGGUGAAGGAGGAAACGGGACUAGACAUCAAGAAUAUUGAGUUGUUAACAACGGUGAAUAAUCUCUAUUAUGAUGCAACACAUAUCAAUGUUACUUAUAUGCGUGCACAAUUAUCAGACCCAAAUCAAACACCUCAAAACAUCGAGCCCGAUAAGUGUGAAGGUUGGGAAUGGUAUGACUUAAACAACCUACCCGAACCAAUGUUUGGACCUCUUAGAGAAAUGUUGCAAGGUGGCUUCAAUCCGUUCCCUGUUAGCUUUUGAUAAUAAAGCACGUUGAAGAAGCCCGUCUUAUGCGAUUUACUUGUGAAUUAUGUGUAAUGUUGUUGCGGCUCAUUAGAUAUGAGUUUUGUUGUGUUUGAUAGUUAUCUUUGAAGUUGUUUUCACUUAAUCACGCGAAACGUAAGAAAAAAUAAAUUGAGAUUUGAGCUCUUUCAACAUGUAUUUGUGUUGCAUAAAACAAUAAAUAUGUAAAAGUUGUAUGUUUUGCAA